CCGCCAUAUCGAGUCCAACAAUCACGAGCUGUGAAACCACCACUCAACACGAUCUUCUCGCAGAGCACUCCAUCUUGGACUUUGCCGUGAUACCUCAGCCGAGAAAGGGUCGCCUUCUGCCUAAGCGCGAAGUUUCAUUUCCAACCAUCCUAUGGGGUCGCCUGGUGAUGAUAACAUAUUCAGAAUGCGAUAUACGUCGAGUGCCGAGAAAUAUCGAAAGGAAGCUGACGUCUUCAGCACACGUUAUCGGUCGCUUCUAGACUCUAAGCUUGAGGAAGCCGGCAUAUCGCCACCGAGAAAGGCUUUAAACCUAACUGGAAUCAAGACAAGACGAUGGCCUUCGGUCAAGUCAGACGAGAAGACUCAGAAACACGAUCCAUCACACGUCGUCUCAGCCAUCGCACGGAGCAGGAACGAAGCACGGAACUGGAAGGACCAACUUGCGAAGAUGGAGAAACGCGCACUCGCAGCCGAAGAGAGGGCCACAGAGGCGGUGGUUAUGGAGCGCAAGGCACGCGCUGCUCUCGAGGCUCGAGAAAAGCAAUUAGCCAACAUGCGUGUCAGGUUCGAUAAAAUGACCUCCAACGCGGAAAAGUCAGAAUCGCAGCGAAAAAUCCUGGAGGAAUACGUCGGCAAGCUGGAGAGGAGGCUCGGAUCCAGUGAGGGAAAUACGAAAAGUGCCUCAGCGAAUCGGGAUAUUGAUCAGCGAGCCCUUUUGGAUGUGGUGGCCGAGCUGCAGGAGGAAAAUGGUAAACUCAAUGACGCGCUGCAGGAAGUUGAAGAGGCGCUUGAAAAAGAAGCAAAAAAGCUUCGCUUGGCAGAUGGCGGAGUUUUGUUGGAAUCCCUCAGAACGCGCAGGCUCUUGGAAACUGCGGAACUCGCGUUGAAGGUAAGAAGGGUACCUUCGUAA